AUGCCAAAUCUACUAUCGCAUCUAUUUAAAAGAAAUUUAUCUGCUCUUCACGCAGCUAUAUUAGUCAAUAAUACAAAUAAAAUUCGCCAUAUUUUAAAUGUCGAACAAAAUUGUAUUAACAAGCAAUUAGAUAGUGCUGGUGAUACAGCACUUCUAUUAGCAAUUAAAUAUACAACAUCAUCAACUGUUAAAUUAUUACUUAAACAUGGUGCACACCCGGAUCAACCUAAUUUUGUUACUCAUCAAACACCAUUGAGUUUAUUAGCAUCAACUAUCUAUGAAGAUGAUCAAGAACAUGAAGCAAACGUUGCACUUGAAAUGGCAACUAUUCUAUUAGAUGAUGAUGCUGAUGUCGAUAAAACAUCAUCAUUUUAUUACUUAGAUGAAAAUGAUAAGGAGUACAUGGUUAAUGAAACACCAUUAAUGACUGCUGUAAGAACAAAAAAUAUUCCAAUGGCAACAUUGCUUCUUGACAGCAAAGCGAAUAUUAAUUAUAUCGAUAAACAAACUGGAAGUCGACCUAUUCACCUUUCAAUAAUCAAUGGUGACGAAGAAAUGUUUGACUUAUUGGAGAAUGCUGGAGCAUCGUGUCGUACAGGUGUAAUAAAUGAUGAUAAUACGUUAUUACAUUGGUUUUGUAGUAAUGAUGCAAAUGAUCAACAUGGAUCAUUAUUAAAAAAAUUAAUUGACAUAAGUUGUGAUGUCAAUGCAGAAAAUAAUCUUCAACGUACGCCGCUAAUGUUAGCAGCACAAUUGAAUAUGAUAAAUACAUGUGAAACACUUAUAAAUGCUUCUGCUGAUGUAGAUAAAGUUGAUGAUAAAGGUAAUCGAGCUAUUGAUUUAGCUGAACUUGGAAGUGAAUGUUUUCGUUUAUUAUUACAUACUACACAUGUUCAACAAAUGAAAUCAUCAUCGCAUCAACAGAAAAAUCGAAUACUUUGUACGAAACAUGUUGUUUCUCAUCGUUCACUUUUCUCGCCUACGAAUGAAUCAAAGCAAUAUUUUAAUGAUAAUAAAAAUAAAGUAAAAAAUGACUCAUCAAAUACAACCAAUGAAAAUCAAAAACAUCAUUCAUCUAAUCAUCGUUGUCGACAACAAGAUAAUGAUAGCACAUAUAGACGUAUGUGGAAAAAAAUACUUAAUCGAAAGCACGCAAUCAUGCGAACAAAAGAUUUAUCUUUACAAAAAACAAAAGAUAAUUAUGAACAUACAAUAAACCAUAACCAUGUAUAUUAA